AUGCGUGCUGGCGCCGAACAGCCGCGGGGUCGGGCGGGCUGGCAGGCGGACAGACAGACAGGGGGUGUGGGCGCUGCGUGGGCGCGUGCGCAGACGCGUUUCUCCUGCCUGGUCUCCUAGCUGAGAGUCAAUCAGGUUGUAGGUUUCAGUCAGUCUGUCCUUCGCCGGGGCUCCGGGCCUUUGCGCUUGUUGCAAGAUGGUCUCCUUGGCCAAAGCCUGGACGGUUACGUUUUAUGGGGUUUUGGCGCUUAUGGUGGCCCUUGGGAUGUGGGAUGUAUUCUUUGGGUACGAGGAGAACAAGUGCAGCAUGAGCUAUAUGUUCGAAUAUCCGGAAUACCAGAAAAUCAACCUUCCGCACAAACUGACCAAACAGUAUCCAACUUAUGAGUUGUAUUUAUAUGGAGAAGGAAGCUAUGCCCAGGAAAACAAAAAUCUCAUGUUAACAGGGAUUCCAGUUCUUUUCCUUCCUGGUAAUGCUGGAAGUUAUAAACAAGUUCGUUCUCUUGGUUCUAUAGCACUCAGAAAAGCAGAAGACAUUGACUUCAAGUACCACUUUGAUUUUUUUAGUAUUAACUUCAAUGAAGAGCUAGUGGCACUAUAUGGUGGAAGUCUUAAGAAACAAACAAAAUUUGUUCAUGAAUGCAUUAAAAUAAUCCUUAAGCUCUAUGAGGGUCAGGAAUUUGCACCAAAAAGUGUUGCAAUUGUUGGUCAUUCUAUGGGUGGCCUUGUUGCAAGAGCAUUGCUUACAAUAAAAAAUUUUAAACCUGAACUGGUAAAUCUUCUGGUUACCCAAGCUACACCUCAUACUGCACCUGUAAUGUCAUUAGAUAGCUAUCUCACUGAUUUUUACAGAACAGUAAACAACUAUUGGAUACUGAAUUCUCAAGACAUAAAACUAAUCACUCUCUCUGUAGCUGGAGGAUUCCGAGAUUAUCAAGUUCGAUCAGGACUGGCUAGCCUAACAAGACUAAGUCAUGAGACCAAGACUUUAUCUGUUCUGACUUCAGCAAUACCUAGGACUUGGGCUUCAACAGACCAUCUCUCCAUUGUUUGGUGUAAACAAUUACAGUUGGCUACAAUUAGAGCUUUCUUUGAUCUUAUUGAUGAUGAUACUAAACAGAUAACUAUGAAACCCAAAAAGAAGAUGGCUGUUUUGAAUCACCACUUUGUUAAAAAUCCAGCAAAGCUUUUUGAGGAAACUCCUAACAUAAUUGCUGAUUUAACAGGGACAUCUAAAUGGGUUCCAGUGAAAGUAACAAAAUGGACCUUUAUGGCUUUUAACGAGUCCUAUGCAAUGUAUUUUGCAUUUCCUCUCUCAAAUCACAGAAAAACUUAUAGCCAUAUGUAUUGUCGGAACAGCAUGUUGGAUACACAUAGCUGGAUUUAUGGCUGUAUAAACAGUGUUUCUAUGUGCACUCAGGGUGUUGACUUAUCCUGGAAAAGUGAACUACUGCCAACAAUGAAGACUUUCAUGUUGAAGCUUCACGAUUAUCCAAAAUUGUCUCAUCUUGUUGUUUAUGUACCCUCUACUAAUGGAAAUAAGUUUGUUUUAGACUGUGAAUUUUUUCAAAUAGAAUUAAGAACUGUACAGCUUCCUGUAACUCAUCUCUUUUCUUUUGGGUUAACUUCAAGACAGAUCCAAUUAAAUUCAAAUGGCUUAUUCUACACUAUACCACUCCUGAACUUUGGACAGAUAUACCAAGCUUUCAAAAUCGAUAUAAAGAGCAAAUGCACAUCAACCAAAGUAGAAAAAGAUAAUGUUUUUAGACUCCAUAUACCUUGGUCCCAUGAAGACAUAAUGACUACUUCAAGAGCCCCAACUUCUACAGAAAUUCCUUUAAGACUUCAUGUUGCUCAACCAGAAAACGAUAGCCAUGUAGCUGUGUUACAUAUGUUUACAUCAUCAGAUUGUCGCUAUGAGGUAACAGUUAGGACUUCGUUUUUACAAAUUCUUGGACAGGUAAUUCGAUUCCAUGGUGGAGCUCUUCCAGCUUAUGUCAUGUCUAGUAUCCUCCUUACUUAUGGAGGACAGUUACAAUCCCUUAUUUCAACAGGCCAUUGUUUAGAUUAUACUAUUAUGUUGGAUAGAGAAGCCAAACCAUACAAAGUUGAUCCUUUCGUAAUUAUUAUGAAAUUCAUGUUGGGAUAUAACUGGUUUAAGCAAAUUUGGGAUAAUUUCUUCUUACCAGAAUUAGAUGCCAUUUUUCUGAAUACCCAAAGUAUGUGUUUUCCACUUGUAUCAUUGAUUCUCUUUCUAUUUGGAACCAGUAUUGCAUACUGGGGUGGCAUACUCUCAUCUUUAUCUGUGAGGCUUCUUUCUUCACUGUGGCUAACUUUCAACAGACCUUCUGAAAUCCCUAAAGACCCCAGGUUGAUAACAACAAGAUUAUCAUUUCUGAUAAUUCUUCUGCUAUUAAUUGGUUGGACAACUUGUGGAGCACUUGCAAUACUUCUCAUCUAUCUUUACUAUGUGUUUAAGAUUAUUAAGUUGUACUCCAGCUUAACAACAUUGAAAAAUAACCCUGACAUGAUUCCAAAUAUCUCUGAAAACAAUACAAAUAAUUCCAUUGGAAGAAGAGAGAAGAAUAAUGGAUCUCAACAAAACACUAAUUCAAAUGUACAUCCUUCAGAUGUACUUCCUAUAACUGCAGUCAUUGAUAAUGCUGAAGAUAAUUUUAAGAUGCAUCUUACUAUUGUUAAUUUAGUAAUAUGGAUUGUAUUACUCAGUAUGCCAUCUUUAGUUUAUUGGCUAAAGAACCUCAGGUAUUAUACUAGACUUAUUCCUGAUCCAUGUAAACAUCUGUCAUUUCUUCUUGUUCCAACUCUUGGAAUUCUUGGAAAUUCUGACAUUGUCUUAAUAAAGUCGAGUAAAAUUUUGAAGACUGCUGCACAGUUUCCAGUCCUAGUGGCCAUUGGUGUGGUUGCUUUUGGGUCAACACACUUAUACAGAGUGCCAUACUUUGUAGUCAUUCCUCUUAUACUCCAUAUGUUGUCUAAUAUUUGAAGUAAGAAAUAAUAGGGGUACUUUGGCUCUUCAGGAAGGUAAUCAGAAAGAAAAACACAGACCCAUCAACUUCGACUGCAAGAUCCUUUGGAGAAGACAAGUCUAUUUUUACAAUAUGAAAAUUCAAAAUUAGUUUUGUAACCCCGGAGGAAAGUAUUUGAGGCAUGGUUUUGUUUUUGUGUUGUGAUAUUUGUCUAUUGAUCAUUUUGAAAAGUGAACAUGAGGAGUUUAGUGGUCAAAAUCUUUCAAGAUUUCAAUUCCUGUGCAUACCAAUCUGUUUGGUUUGUGAUACUAGUAAUGCUUUUAUAGUCUAAAUUCAGUAGAUACAGCAUUGUUUGUAUUGACAUUGCAAGCAUUUUGCUCUUUCAUCCAGUUUUUCUACUGAAAUGUGUGUUCCUUUGUUUACUACAGUUUGUAUAUUGGGUAUUAAGUUUUAAAGAGGCAGAUGAAAUUCAUAAUAUCACAGUUCCUUCAGAAAACAAAAUAACCAGGAAUACUUUUUGAUCAGUUUUGAGAAACCACAUUUAUGAGGCAUAUUGUUAACAUUCUCUUAUGUCUACAAGGCUAUAUUCACUUUGAAUUUUUAUUGGCUUUCUAACAAGACUUUUUUCAGUAACCUUUUAAAAUCUAUUGUUAAAAACAUCAAGAGCUCAAAAAUUAAAGAAAGAGUCUUUCUUGUUAUUUUCCAAAUGCUGACUCAUUUUGUAUUCAUGGCAAAUCCCUUGAGAAUCCUAAAUAAUGCCAAUGUUUGGUCAUUUGUCAUAGGUAUUCACUUACUGGCACUGAAUUAAUUAUUUCAGUCUGUGCCUGACAUCAAACCUAAGAUCGGCUCUUUGCAACUUGUCUUUUGGGUCCAAACAGAAUAACCCUAAUCCAGCUUUCACAUGAUGGCCUUUCAAAUACUUGACUACAAUAAUCUCUUCUCUUUCCCUAGUCUUCUUUUCUCUGAACCAAACAUUCCCAGUUCCAUCAGUAAGUCUUUAAAUAACAUACACUCAGUGUCCUUAAUUUUCCUGCGUGCCCCACUCUGAACACUGUCUAGCUUAUUGAUGUCCUUAAGCAUUGAUGCCUGGAACUGGGCAGAGUGCUUCAGAUGAGGUCAGUUAUGGGCAGCUGCAGAGAGAUGAUAACCUCUUUAUUUCUGGAAGCCGUGUUUCUUACCAUAGCCCAAGAUCACUUAAGGCUUUUUUGGCAACCACAUCACACUGAUGAUUCAUAUUGUAUUUGCAGCCCAUGAAAACCCUCAGAUCUCUUUCAGAUAAACUAUCUAAUCACUUAUUUCCCAUCAUAUAUUUGUGAAGUUGAUGUUUUUGGUACCCAAUGAUACAACUUUAUAUUUUUGUGACCAGUGAAAUAUCUCCUAAAGUCCAUCUUAUUAGAUUCAGUCCAUUGUUAGUCUGUCAAUAAAUUGGAUCAUGACUAUCAUCUAGUAUGUUAGCUUUCCCUCCCACUUUUGUGUCUUCUGCAGAUAUGAUGAGCAUACUAUCCAUACCUUUUAAAAUCAGAGAUAAAAAUGUUAAAUAGCAGAUAUAGAAAUACAGAUUAAUAAUUGUUAUUCUUUGAGUCUAAACAUCCAGCCAGUUCAAAAAUCCAUAUAUUGUGUUAUCAUCUAGUCCAUAUCUCUUCAUCUUUUUCACUAGGGUAGCAUCACCCUCAUCUCUCUAUUUAGGACCCAUGUCAGAAACAGAAAUAUGGUGUGGCCUAUUCUUGUAGCCAUAUUAACUUUUUAUAAAAAUGGCUUCUCUUUCUAGAUGUUCACCCAACUAUCUCUUUAAUGAUUGUUCACUAGCUUAGAGUUCACAGACUUUUUUCCUCUUUUCCACAGUUUUUUAAAAAUAUAACAAUGGUUUAGAAAUCACACCUGCCAGUGCUUUCAGUGGAUGAGGAUGUAGUUCUUCUGGGUCAGGUGACUUGAAUAUAUGAGGUCAUCUAGAUGCUUUUUUCCUGUCUUAAUUGUGGAUAUCAACUCCCUCAUCUAUUUUUAUUAAGUUGAGAUAGUUAAGAAUUUUUCAUGGAUUCAUAUUAUUGAUAUUCAAUCCAAAAGGAAAAUUCCACAUUAGAAGGCAAAGUACUAUAGUUAAUUACUGGUCAGUUGAGAAUUCAGACUACUAUGCCUUUUGUAUAUAUCAGUUCACCUAGACAAUAGCCAUUGUGCUUUAUCCAGAAGAGCACCAAAUCUGAGGUCAGAAGCUGGCUCUGGUACUGACUCUCCAACUAAAGGAGGGACUCUCAAGAGUCCCUCAGACUUUCAUUUACAAAAAUUCAUAUUUAUAUGCUGCUUUUUUCUAUAAGUUUAAUGCAAAUAUUGUUAUUAUUGCCAUUUUAUAGAUGGUACUUAGAGGAAGAAAUGGCUUAUCACUCCAGUAUCUUUGCCAAGAAAAUCCCAAAUAGGAUCAUGAAGGGUCAAAUACAACUGAAAGAACUGGACUACAAAAUAGAAAAGACCAAGAUGCACAGAAGUUUAAUAAUUUUCCCAUGAUUAAAUGAAUUAUAAAUGUCAUUGCAUUGAAUCCAAAGCUAGUGACUCUUGAUUCAGUGUUUUUUCUACUAAAAUAACUCAAAUGAAUAGAAACCUGUUUGCUACCACUAGAAAAAGUGUUCUUCCCAGAAGGAAAAAAAACAACAAUAAAGAAGUAGUGAGCCCCAGUAGAAUAUGAAAAAAAAAAAUAGUUGAUUGAGAUCUAGAGUCUGAAAGUUUAAGAGCUAAAAGAGUAGGACAACCAAUGGGAUUGUGAUUUUGAACUUUGAAUAGUUGAGAUAAGUUUUAACAUAUCAAGAUUAUUUUUUCUAUUUUCUUUCCUUUGUAUUCCAAAAGUAGCUAAAUGGAAUAAUUAAAUUGACAAUUCCCUAAAUAAGAGCAGCUACUUAACUGAGUGAUUUUUUCAUUUAAAAUGCCUUAAUGUUUCUUAAUAUUUAGCAAACUUGGUGAAGUGGGCAGAGUUCAUCUGAACAUUAGGGCUAAGCUGUGUUUGACUUAGACCUUGUAGAGAAAGAAGCACUGGAUUGGAGUCAGAAGCCCCGUGUUCAAAUUCUAACUGCUACUUUUUAAACUUUUUAUCUUGGGUAGAUCAUAUUACCUUUUAGGGGCUCAUUUUUCUCAUGUGUAAAUUGAUUCAAGGACCUUGAUAACAUAUCAACAAAAUGAUUUUUUAAAGUAGUUUGGUUAAGGCAAUUUGAUCUGUGGUACAUUUUGCCAAAUAUAAAAUUUAAAGUUUUAGUGGCAAUAUGCAUUAAGAAAAAGUAUUGUUUAUUACUUAUUUCUAAUUUAUAAAUGUUACUAACAUUUCUGUAGCAAAUAAUAGACUAGUUUUAUGAUGACCAUCACAACUGCCUUCUUUAUGUAACCAUUCAACAUUGCUGCUGUUUAUAGGACUAGUAAUACAUUGGAUUUUUCCUUUCUAUGAUGUCAUUAUAGUAUAACAUGCUACACUUCAUAAUAGGUAUAGGGAGUGAACCUUCAAUUUCAUUGGUAUAGGGAACUGAUGAGAAAAUUCCUUCUACCGAUGGAGGCAACACUUUCUUUCCAACUUAUAGUUUAUAAGUUGUAUAGGGCACAGGAGGUUAAAUGACUUAUCCAGGAUAAUGUAGUCAAAAUUAGGAUUUGAAUUCAGGUGUUCCUGGCUCCAAGCCAGUUUUCUAUUUAAUAUACCAUGUAGCUUCACAUAUUUUGUAAUAAUGGUAAAGAAAUAGUUGUAAAGAGGACCAUCAGAAUCCUAGAUUAUAGAGAAAGUUAUCCUAAGAUUUAGAAGUUCACAUUAAUAAAUCCUUAAUGAUAAAAGUUUUUAAUAAUGAUCAACAAUAAAGGUACAAUCUGUUUAUACCUAAUAAGGAGAGUUAGACAAAUUUAAGUCAGUUGAAUUAUACUGGUUACUUAUAGGAUCCUAAUUCAUAGGAUCAUGGUUUGACCCUAACAAAAGUAAACAACUAAAUUCAAAUAUUCCACUUGGGCCUGAAAUUUCCAUUUGUUGCUAAAAUUCUAUAGAUUUCUAAACCUUUGUGCUAAAUGCUUAUUUAAUUUAUUCUAAUAAAAAGUCAGUUUAGUAGGAAGUAUAAAAGAUAAAUGAUCAGGAGACACAGAAUAAUAUAUUUAGAGCUGGAAAGGACCUUAGAGGACAUUUAGUUCAAUUUGUCAUUUUGUAAGGAACGACUAUGAGGCACAGAGAGAUUAAAUUAAUUAGAUUUUAAUUAGAAUUAGAUUAAUCUCCUAGUCCUACUAUUUGGCCAAGACAUUUAGCCUUCACUCUUCUUUUAAAAUGUUUUUCUUUUAAAUCUUUUUAAAAUGUUAAUUAAAACAGGGAAGACUGAACUAGAUAGAUGAUAUUUAUAUCUAUUUAUGAUUCAAAGGCUAUAUUAAUCUAAUUUUAUAUCUUGAUUGCUAUCUUGAAUUUUUUCAUGAAUUAUGAUGUAUUAGGUUACAGUAUUUGAGGUGUCACAUAGUCUUGUGAAGUUAAACACCUAGAUUCCUUACUUCAAAAUUCUAGGCUGAUUUUGUAAUUAGGCCUUUAACUGUUCAUAUUUUACCUUAGUUUAAGAAAAUAGGAAUCUAAAAAAUUGUUGCCUUGUGUUCAUUCUAAUUUAUAAUGAUUAGAAAUUAAAAUUUAAUAAUGCUAGCUGUGUUAAACUAAAACCUUUAAAAUCAAAAUAGAAGCAUGUAAAAGCCUCAAAAUUUAUAAAAAUAUACCAAAGCUGGAUUGAUUUUUCUUUUUAAAGUAAAAAUAUUUUAAAGAGAAGGUCUGCUUUAAAAAAGUACCAUUCUAAGAGCAUGUUAAAUUUAUUCAUUAUAAUUAAUCUUAGAGUGAGUAAAAAAGCCUACAAAUGACUUAAGCCACUAAUAUUUUUUUCUAACAAAAAAGUGGUGACCUAUGCUUUUUGUUUGCUUUUGGUUUUGGCCAGAUCUUUCCUUUUUUAUUGCUUUCAACUCUUUCAAUUAGUGCUGAGUAGGUAUUUUCUUUUUGAUGUAAUCCAGUAUUAUCAGCUCUUUAUUUUUUAACGACAAUUGGCUUCUGAUUGUUCAGAGAGUACUCUCCAUUUCCCUUCAGUAACACUAAGGAUGUCCCUUGGACACACUGCAUUAACAUUAAGCUAUUAUUUAAAAGAGUUUAAUUUUUUUUUAAAUUAAAGGUGGCAGAGUGAGGAACAAAAAGCAAGGGAACUUUAGCUGCUGAUUUUUUAGGUUGUCAGGGCUUACGGUAAAUAUUUAAAACUAUAAAUCCUGAAUUCUGAAUGUUUUUCUAUAUGAAAUUAUGUCAUGUGAACAGAGACUAGCACUGACCUGGGUCCUAUUUUCAUAGACUAAUUGCAAAUCAUUCUUACCUAUUAAAAAAUCCUCUUUUCACCAAUAGUUAUGUAAUGGAGCUCUGGUUACUGAAAGUACUUGAGUAUGAAGUGGCAACAUUUUAUUAAUUCAGAAUAGUCUUCACUUUUAGUUAUAGUACAAACUGUGGAGAUUCUGUCAUAAUUGAUAGUAGAAGAUAUUUUCAAAAUUUAAUUCAUAAAAGGCAUUCCUAUAAGCCACACAGUUCAAAGGAAAGACCUAAUCAAAGCAUCCUGUUGUUGAAUAGUGAAAUUCCUUACACGAAAAUUUCGGUGAACUAAUAUCAGAUUUUUUGCUAAAUCUGCUAAACAAAUAGAAACACAUUUCUGGUUCUUGUUCCUUAUAAACUAUAGUAUAAACUGCAUAAUGUAUAGAGGAAAAAUAUUAGUGACUAAAUUUCUCAAAAGAAAUAUGAGAGAAUAUGAAGGAGAAACAUCUCAUUAUAGGAUGAAUGUAAACAAUACACCUCAAUUAAAUGUGGAAGGAAAAAAUAUUUAUCACAUCAGCAUUGAGUUCCUCCUCAAAGCUAUAUCAUCUUGAAUAGAAUUUUGGUUUUCUGUGAUCUUUUCAUAACCUUGUCUGGCAUGGUAUAGGGCCAGCAGUUAUUAUGUUUUGAAAUGCCCAAUCACAGAUUAGAUUGCUGAUGACUUUUUAUAGGACUUGAUCAGUACUAAGUCAGAAUCAGUGUAUCUUUAUUCUAUAACCUAUAACUUCAAACAUUUGUAAAGAACUUUGUUGAUUUGUUUAGGCCAAUGAAAAUUUGCUUCUGAAAACACUAAGAAUAGAUAUUUUAUAGGUUUACAUUUGUCUUUAUUUUUAAGUUACUUUUAUUUUUAGUAUUUAUAUAGUAGCAUAAUUAGUAAAAAUUAGUAUGUUUCAAGGCCUCAAAAGGGCAUGUUUCAUGCUUCAAAUUACAUUUUUUCUGUUUCCUAUUAGAUUUUUACAUCUUUUUAUAAGGAAAAGUGAUGGAAUUUUUUUUUAACAUUUGAGCACAAUGCACCAGAUUAGAAAUUAUUGAACAGUAUUCAUAAAUUUAGCAGAAUGCACUUUUGCCACCAAAGCUACAUGCAACUGUAAUAUACCUCUGGAUACUUGUGCCAAUGAGCUAUACUUAGCAAACAAAUGCAUACUGGGAUAAAGCAAAAGUAAUUUUUCAGUGUUUUUAAGCUAGCAUUUAUAAUAACGUGUAAAUGACAAAAACUUGUACUUUGUACCCUUGUCUUUAUGUUUAAAAAAUUUUAGCAUAUUAUCAAUUUAUUUGAUUUUUAAAAUAUUGGUAUCUAGUUUUUCAUUUGAAGUAUCUAAUUUAUUUAAUGGUAAUUUGUCUUAAUUUUUAUAUCACUUGCUCUUUUUAUUGUUAAUAAAAGUAUCCCUCAUUUAAUGGAAUACACUAAUAGUUACAGAGAACUUUGCUGUAAAGCAAAUUUGGGUCACUGACUCCAAUUUUUCCAAAAAGCACUUGACUGCCAUGAUAAUAGAUGUGCUAUAUUAGGAGGGGGGGAAAAAACACAAAAAGUUAGAAUUGGAUUCUACAGGUAUCUAUUCCAAACCCCUUAUUUUACAGAUAGUAAAACUGUUAUCCCAAAGAGAAAGUGACUUGUAUAGUCAUUCCCCUUUGAGCAAUGAAUUAACCUUUUAGAGACUGCCAGCAGCUAUGAGUCACAUGCUCCAGAGGCAAAGUCAUCAUUCACUUCAGGAAGCAUUUAUUAAGCAUCAGGUGCUGUGCCAGAGCCUAGAAAAUAUAAACAAUGAGGACAACUGUUCCCCAGUCCCUUCCUGCUCUUAAGAGUUUCUGACUCUGGCACUGCCAUGAAGGAAACUAGAUACAAUAGAUCUACUAGAUGUAUUCAAAUAAAACUUUAAUUUUUUAAACCAUCAAAGUUAUGAGGAAAUCAGGAAACCACAUUUACCAUGCGAAGAUCAUAAUUCUGCUUUUGUGUUUAAGUCACAAAAUAGAAUUACUAACCCAAAGAUGUACAGCGAGUCUGAUACUUUGCCUCCAGUUAUCCCUCUGACAGAUGGAGUAGGUUUGCCUUUACGACCAGCCCUAAAACUUCUGACUUCACAUCUCAGGCGAUCUUGCCCUUAUUUUUUCUACUUUUGACAUCCUGUGACUUCAUUGGCUUCUCACUGCCUACCAAUACCAGUACAGUUGAAGGGCUGGCAAGAUGUCAUCGUGCUAAGAACAACUGACUGGGAGUCAGAGACGUCUGGCCUUAAUGCAUCUGACUACACAACCUCUCCUGGCCUUAGCUCCACCAUUUAGAAAUGAAGGGGGUUGGACUAGACCAUCCCUCAGAGUCCCUGAUAGCUCUAUUCUUUGAUCCCAUGCCUUGUCUGACAGCUCCUUUAACAAUGAUUAGUAGAUUGUGCAUUAUUGUUUAAUUGAAAAAUGGCUGCUCUCCCAGGUUAAAACAGUGCAGAUUGGAAUUAGCAACAUGCUAAAAACAUGGUUGAACUUUAGCGAAUGUUGUUGUUAAAUUGUUAUACUCAUGCACAGGUAGGCCAACUAGCUAUUCCUGGCAGCAAGGAUCAUGUGGAAGUAUAAAAGCUAUGCAUUCAAUAGAGAAUGUUGUCAUUUCAUUCAUUCAUUCUUAAAAGUGCUUUGCUUAAAAACACUACAGAAAUUUGAGCUGAACUCCAGAUAAAUGUUGUUUAAUAUAUGUUAAGUGGGAGAUCUAUGUAUCUCAUGUGUUUAUACUUUGUAUAUGUUAAAAAAUAUGGUUUUUAAAGUACUGUUCCAAACUUUUCCAUAGUGGAAAAAAUUUUUUUGUAUUGUUAAUUUGGCAAUCAUACAGGUAAUUUUUUUAAAAAUGCAGAUCAUUUAAAUGUUUUAUUUUAAAUGUAUUGUAUUAUUUCUAAUAUAAUUUUAGGACAAUAAUAAUAUGAUGUUUCACUAACUAUAAAUGUGGCAAAAUGACCAGUACUCAUAGGGAAACCAGACCAAAAUUGAACUUGUAUUCUUACUGUGACCUUGGAUUUCUAGUCUCAUAGGGAAAAAUGGACUAUGCCUUAAAACAGCAAAGGAGAAUGCCCUGUGGUUUUUUGUAGCCAUAGGUUUCACUAUGGGUAUUCAUCUCAAAUUGGCCAAAAGUCUUUUUCUUCAAGGUCACUAAAAUAGGGCUUUGAAAAAUAUGAGCUACUCAUUUCCUUUGUAUUUGGGGAACUGUCAUUCCAAGUAUUUCCUUUCUAGAGUUUUUAUUUUAUUUCAAAUUGAAAUGCACAAUUAUAACAGAAAUAAGGAAUUGAUGGCACUAAAUACAUUUUAUUUAAAGAAAUAGGGAUUUCAUGGCACUAAAUACAUUUUAUUAAAUUCUACUUUUUAAGCAAUUAGACUUUACAUAGGAAAAUCGGAACAUCAACAUGUAAUUGUUGUCUUAAUGAUCCAGCAGAUAUGAAUUUCUUCCCAGGAUUUACCUUGGCCAGGGGCCUCUCCGCUCAGUGAUAUGUGAGCAUUUAAAUGUACUUUAGAUUAAAAAAAACUUGAGUGGUUUUAUUCAUAAUCUACCAAACUCAUACUCACAAUAUACCUAUUUUGAGAUUCUUUUCCCUCUCCACCUCAGUUACCAAGACUGAAGAGAUUUUUUUACUCAAAGAAUUCAGUGUAUGUUUUCUUAAAAUAACAGAUGUCAUUUGAUCUACAAUCUUAAUUGAAAUAUUCCCACCUAUUUGUAGACUUAAUAAAUUUCAAAUUCUCUUUUUUUCCCAAAUUCAUCCUUUUUUAUGUUAAAUUUCUUUUCUCUCUGAUUUUUAUGAAAUGAUGGGGGUCUCUCAAAGUCUCUAGAGAUACCUUUCUUGGCUAACUUGAUAUGGAAGCAGAGAAAAAGGAAGGCAAUAGAAGAAAUUCAUUCCUGAGCCUGAUAUCAUCCCACUUCGGCUCUCAUACUUUAAUCAUAGACUCAUAGAGAGGCUGUAUGUAAUGCUGAGAUAUGAGACAUAGAAACCAUUUUGCAAAUAAUGUUCACAUUCAGAUCAUGCAGAGCAUAAUGAUGAAACUCUACUGUACACUCACUCCCAUUCAGUGCAAAGGCUUAUUAUAUCAUAGGAAAACUAGUAGACUACAACAUGCACUUAAAACAUAACUCUUCCAAGUCUUUUCCACGUGGACAUGCAUGCUCUUCCUCAGAACUUUGUACAGUAUUUGUUGUGCUAAAUACACAUUUGUGUGUACUUGUUUUAUAUCAUAUAAUUUACAUUGUUACAUCUAACUCGUAAUUCACAAAAAGUGCUACUUAUUGUGCUCUGUAGAGAGUGUUAGAAAUGGUUUUUCACCUUGUUUCAACUCUGCUGUUAGGUGUAGGGUGCAGUGCGUGACUACUUCAGUCCUUGCUCAGGUAUUAAUGUGUAGCGGUUUUUGGUGCUUUCUUUUUAAUCCAUCAUAUUCAGUGUUCUAAAUGUUCAACAAUAAAUUUGAUUAAAAAGAGA